AUGACGACUGCACCAACACCUUCACCCCCAACCAAGUGGCCCGUAUGCAUUGCUACCUGGACCUGGUGUACCAGCGCUGGGGCCAGAGCAAGAAGCCCGCACCCAUCCCGAUCCCUCCCAUGGUCACGGGGCAGACGCAAGACUCCCUCAGUAUCUACUGGCUGGCGAAAAGCGGUGUCAUCCACGAGAGGGAGCAGGACAUGCUCUGCGACGACUGUGCAGAGGAUGGCACCUUCCAUCAGUAUGUGCACGAGGCCUCUUCCCCUCGGGUCUGUGAUUCCUCGGGCUACUGGACCCCAGAAGAAGCAGAAGGGCCCCCGGACGUGGAUCAGCCCUGUGAGCCCAGCCUGCAGGCAUGGAGUCCGGAGCUCCACCUCUACCACAUGAACAUGACGGUGCCGUGCCCCCAGCCAGAUGGCUGCAUCCUGGAGCUGCACUUCCUGCACCCCGUCUACCCCGAUUCCCUCACCCUCUGGACCACGUACCUCUCCACAGGCUCUCCCAAGGCGCUAUCUGACAUCGAAGUCUUGACAGAGCAGGGGGAGUCCAUCCAUCUGGGCCCCCUGGACACCUUCUGUGAUGUCCCCUUUACCGUGAAGCUCAACAUCCCUAAGAAGGUGUCUGGAGUCAAAAUCUACACCUUUGACGAAAGGAUGGAGAUAGACACGGCCCUGCUGACCUCCAUGCCCCACAGCUCGCUUUGCUCCUCCUGCAAGCUGAUCCAGUACAGAGUCCUCCGCGACCCGCCGUUUGCAAAUGGAUCCCCCGCCGCACCGGCGCAGGCGCACCGCUGGUUUGUCGACACGGAAGUCGUGCCUGGGCAGGUGUACCGCUACCAAGUGCAGGCAGUCUCUGGGACGACCUCAGGAGAAGCCUCCCCACCGCUCGUCCAUGUCCAUGGAGCACCUUACUGUGGGGAUGGGAAGGUGAUCAUGAGCCUGGGGGAGGAAUGUGAUGAUGGAGACUUGCUGGAUGGAGAUGGCUGUUCCAGGAAGUGUAAAAAGGAAAAGGGCUUCAACUGUGUUGGGGAACCAAGUCUGUGCUACGUGCACGAUGGCGAUGGUGUGUGUGAGCCAUUUGAGAAGACCAGCAGUGUCCUGGACUGUGGNNCCUACACGCCCGAUGGAUACGUGGAUCUAUGGGCAGCGAAAGCCUACGCUUCCCGUCAGGAUGCAAAGUCCUGUCCCGCUUCCCUGGUCACUGGAGAGCCUGUUGUGAAGGUGUGCUUUGAGAGACCCGUGGUGCCCACCUCCCUCCUGAUCUUCCUGGCCUCUGAUGGCACCGUCCCAAGCAACCAGCGCAAGCCACGGGUGACUGUCCAGCUGAGCGAUGUAGAUGGGCUGAACCACUCGUUGGGGAUGUAUGAGCUGUCAUGCCAGCACAACCCACUUGUCAUCAACGUGACCCACAGCCGGGAGGAUCCACCCCACUGGGCUGCUUCAGCGCUGCUCAACUUCUCCUCCCCACUCGUGGGCAUCGCGGCUGUGGCCUUGCGGACGUCAGCUCGGCCUGGCUCCGGCCCCACCACCUGCCUCCUACAAGACGAGGAGGGACAUGGCCACCAGCCCUACAGCUGUGUCCACGAUGCCUGUGUGGGAUCAGGAAGCUGCACGCGGCCGCUGCUUGCUCAUGUGGCCACCCUCAACUGCACCUCUGAUGGCCUGAAGCACAUGGUGUGCACAGUCACCUGUGAAAAGGGCUUUGUCCUCCGCUCCAGCAAUGGGAAGAGCCUGGGCUCUACGCAGCAGGAGGUGGUGCUGACAUGCAGCUUGGGGCAGUGGGACAGAUCUGUGACUUGCGACCCUGUUGACUGCGGUGUCCCUGACCAGUCCCACGUGUACUAUGCAGAGUUCUCCUGCCCCAAGGGGACGACCUACCUGCAGAGAUGCUCCUUCUUCUGCAUCCACCCAGCCAAGCUUCAAGGAACAAACCAGUGGCUGACCUGCCUGGAGGACGGUCUCUGGUCGCUCCCUGAAGCCUACUGCAAGUUGGAGUGUGACGCGCCUCCCGCGGUGGCCAACGCCAAGCUCCUGGUCCCGCGGUGCCUGCAGGGGAACCAUGACGUGGGCUCGGUCUGUCGCUACAAGUGCAAGCCUGGAUAUUACGUGGCCGAGAACACAGCGGACAAGUCUAAGAAGUAA